AUGUCUGCUGCAAAAAUUGCACGCAUCCUUGAACGAUCAGCUACUACUUCAUAUGGAAAGGUCCGUGUUUGGUGUCAUAAAGAUGAGCUUUAUGAUCUUAAUUGUGUUAAAAGUGGACGCAAGUCUAUUAUGGUCUGGGGAUGCAUAAAUGGAUACAAUUUAAACCACUUAGUUCGCGUUCCAUCAUGUAUGAAUGGAGAGAAAUACGGAAAUCUUGUUCUAGAUGUAAUUUACCCAAAGGUUAUGGUUGCUGAAGAGGCAAUAUUCCAAGAGGAUAAUGCACCAAUUCAUAAGAGCAAACCUGUAAAGAAGUUUAAGGAUAAUCUUGGAAUCGUGACAGUAGAAUGGCCAUCACAAUCACCAGACCUUGAAAAUCCAAAUACUGGCGUGGUAUUUGACUCCUCUGGAGUCCUCACUAAAGGUGGAUGUUGGAAGAAUUUCGGAUCUAUUGCGAUUAAUUUUGCAAUAAGUCGAUAUAGUACUCGGAUUGACAAAUUACGCAUGCCGUACAUUAUUCAGUUACGACACAACUUCACUUCGUGA